UCCAUCCACGGAGCAUGGCUGUCUGCCACUUCCUGGGGUCACUUAGAUUCCCAAAGAGGAACUUGGUUGUUAGCAGGCUCUAAUGCUUGAGGUCAGGAGUCCUGAAAAUGUUUGUGUAAGUAUUUAUUUCCUUGAAAUCUUGAGACCGUCAGCAGAGGGAAGGAUAUAAAUGAAGCAGGAAGAUAGAGGACAGUAGACAAAGGAGCCCCGAGUUCAGCCCGCUGAGCCCCUGCUGGUGCUAAAACCAGCUGAGAAGUACGGUGCACGCUCUUACUCCAGACAUGCGUGUGGUCCACAGAAGAGGCCAGACCUGCAUGUGUGAUGCACAGGGAGACGUGCGGGGCUGGCUGGCCCCCAGGAGUGCCUUUUCCUCUGCAGACGCCAGCCUCCCUGCCCAGUAUUUCUGGGAAUUACACGAACUCCAGUCCAACCACAGUCCCUCGUGGUGGUUUAACCAACAGGAAAUCUCCAUCACUUAGCAAAUCAGAAGAGCAAAUAAAACUCACCCCGUUUCCCUCUGGAACAACUUAGAACCGAUUGCAUUUUGAAGACAGAGAAGCUGCUAAACUUGCAGGAAGAGUUGUUAGCAAAUGCCGACUUGUGCGGUUCCUGUGUCAGAGUGGGAGAUUCAAACACAAAACCAAAAAGAGUAUCUAGAAGGUAGGAUGGAAACACACCUAGAUAGGGGCAGCGAUAAGAAGCCUCCUGCACUUCAGAGGCUUCUGAAUAUGAAGUGCUUUGAUUGGCAGGAAAACAAAUGGGGAAGAAAAGGCAAAGUAAUUAACUGAAAGUUUUCGUGUGUAGUUUCAGGUUAGAACAGAGGAUGAGAAACACAUCGUUCCCCACGGUAGAAUUUUAGGGGGGUGGGGAGGAGAAGGACAGAACUCCACCUGAGUGUGGAGUCAACCUGAAGAGCUACAAUGGUAAAGAUGCUUCCGGAAGCAGGUGCACUUCUUGGCUAGUUUUAAUCCUUCAAAAAGCACUGCUUGGUGAGAUAAUUAAUGCUUUGCUUCAGCCGCACCUGAAGGAGCUUUGGCGGAGAGAAGAGGCCAAGAGCUCUGGGCCCAGGGACAGAGCCCCAGCUGUUUCUCCAGUGCCCACCACGCGAGGAGAGCAGCAGACUGCCAGUGGAGAGCAGGGGCGAGGCAAGGAGGGCAUGACAAACAGGAAGCCCUUAACCAGAGACACGUUGGGAAAGGAGAGAGCGAGCAGAACUCACGUCUCAAGACCAGUCUCCCAAACGGUUUCCAGAGAUGGAUUAUCUUGCUUUCUUCUUGGCUCUUGUUCACAUAUACAGAGCUCUAUGUGAAGAGAUGUUCUGGGACACGACUGUUAAACUGGCUGAGAAUAUGAGUCUAGAAUGUGUGUACUCAUCACUGGACACCUUAACCCAGAUGGAGUGGUUCAAGAUCAAUACCACGGACAGAGAGUCCAUAGCCAUAUUCAGCCCUGCCUAUGGUGUGAUUAUAAGAACACCCUAUGCUGAUAGGGUUUACUUCUUAAAUUCUACCAUGGCUCCUAAUGAUAUGACCCUGACCUUCCAUAAUGUCUCUGAGGUUGAUGUUGGCUACUACUCCUGUUUACUUCAUACUUUCCCAUAUGGGCAUUGGGAAAAGGUGAUCCGGGUGGUUGCAUCAGGCACAACAACACAUCAGUUGCCUGAGAGUAUAAGCCCCUCUCCCCCAGAAAUCCUAGCCUUUCUUAACCACAGUCAGGACAGCAUAAGAUAUUUUGAUGAUUUCGAGAUAGCUGUGCCAUCAAAUAGCCACAUGGUCUCAGAACCUGGAAAAAAUAUCACACUCUCCUGUGAGCUUCCAACAAAGUGGCCAGUCCAACAAAUUACCUGGGAGAAGAUCCAGCCCCAUCAGAUUGACCUCUUGACCAGCUGCAACUUGCCCCAAGGGAAAAUUUAUACUUCAAAGUACCAAAGAUGGAUGUCGAGUGACUGUAGUCCGGGAAUGACCAGCACCUUCAUCACCAUGCCCCAGGCUGUGGUCUCUGACUCAGGACUCUACCGCUGUGGUUUCAGUGCCAGAACAGGAGAAAAUGAAACCUUUGUGAGGAGGUUGACUGUAACUGAUGGUAAAAUGGAUAACCAAUAUACCCUCUUUGUGGCUGGAGGAACAGUCUUAUCGUUGCUGUUUGUAAUCCUAAUGACCGCCGUCAUUGUCAUUUCUUAUAGAAGGAGAAGGAGACAGAACAGAGGACUGUUUAAAGAGCACAGAAAUAAGGAUGCACAGAACAAGGCAACCAACAACUACAGAAAUCCCAUCUCUACCAAUCAGUCAUCGGAUUGUGCAAAAGAAGAUAUUUAUGUCAACUACCCAGCCUUCUCUCAUAGACCGAAGACUAGAAUCUAAGCUUUUUCCUGGAUCUGAGCAAAACUUAUGGUGACUGUUACGUACGUGGAUCUUAAUAUAAUUUCUUCCCACUACUCAGUGCCUAUCCAGGAUACCAGCUACAUUAAUUAA